AUGAAUCUGUGCAUUUAUCAUGAUGGUUCCCUGUUAAACCUAUUAGAAUAUUGUUAUAAGUGGUUGUCCCUAGCAUAUUGUCAUGUGUCUCACAUGUACACCUUGGUGGAUGAAAUUGGUCCAGCUCACAAGAAGACAUUUUUUGUGAAACUCAAGCUGGGUGAUGAGGAAUACUCAGCCUCUGGUCCCAGCAUCAAGAAGGCUCAACAUGCAGCAGCAAGCAUUGGACUGGAAAAAACUGCAUACAAACACCCACCUCCAAAGCCUUCACCAAAGAAAUUUAAUGGAGAUUUUCAGGAAGGCAGAUCCCAGUGGCCAGAUAAAGAUCAACUAAAAUCGGAAAUUAGUCUUGUGCAUGAAAUUGCUCUGAAGCGCAGCAUGCCUGUUCAGUUUGAAAUGCAGAAAGCUGAUCCAAAUUAUGGAGUUGGCAUUAAUCCGAUCAGUCGCCUCAUUCAAAUCAGACAAGCAAACAAGAAGAAAGAACCGGUUUACACACUGAUUGCAGAAAGGGGACUGCCAUGGCGCCGAGAGUUUGUUAUGCAGAAUGCUGCCAGUGAAUGUUACAGUCGAGUGUCCUUGUCCAUUGACCCCACACAAGUGCUUCAUGGCACAGGACCUACUCUUGAGGCUUCUCGUGAUGCUGCUGCUCUCCAAGCUCUCAAAAUGUUGGCAGAGAAAGGUCUGUCUGUUGUCGUCUCUGAUAUAGACAAAAAAAUGGCCAAUGCUGACCGUUCUCCACUGAAGUUGGAUGGUUUUGAGAAAUUGGCUAACUCCCCAACUAUGCUCUUAACACUGAACCCUCUCUCACGUUUUCUUUUUCCUUCUCUUUUUGUCUUUCCUUCUCUUAGGAAAAUUUAUAUAUCUUUUUCUAUCCUUUUUCUUUUGGCCUCCACAUCUUUGUUUUGUUUUCUUCUCUUUUGCCUUCUCCCAUCACUUAUGUGGCUUACUAAACCUCCUCACUCUUUCUCAUAUUAUAUUCCUCUGAAAUAA